AUGAACUGUUUCAUUUUUCGUUCUGUAUACUUUCGAACUCUUCUUAAACCUUCCAAAUUAUAUCCUUGUCAUAAUUCUCAAUUCGUUUUACCUAAUCUGUCAAUGAAUUAUUUCUUUUCUUCAAAAUCAGAUUCUUCAAAUAUUUGUUACAAUAUAGAAGGAUUUAUCAAUUGCUCAUACUUUAAUGCUGCAGUAGACUUGGGCAAGGAUCUGAAAAGUACUCUUCUUGAUAAAGAUACACCCAUUGAAGUUAACGUUGAUGCACAUAAAAAAGAAAACGCGAGUAUACUUGAUAAGAUUUUAAUAAAAAACCUUCAUUCGAUAAUUCCAAACUCAAACGAUCAUACAACAUCCCCUUUGGUUUAUGAAGGAUGUAAUCCAGGUAAGUAUAAAUUCAUUGGAGGAUAUUCCGAUUUUGCAAAAUUAGUAAGAGAUAGACACAAAUCAAAUUUACAAAAGGAUUCUAAAGAAGGAGGUAGAGAAUGUGAAGGUGAUGUUUGUAAGAUAUGA